GUAUUGUCUAUAAAAAUCCUUUUCUUCUGCUUAACCCCAAAGCAUUAAAAAAGAACAAAAACCAAAAAAAAAAAAGAAAGAAAAAUUCUGAUCUCUAUCUUUGGUGUCUGAAACGUCGAAACACAAAACUUGAAUUUGCUUCUAUCACAAAACAGAUCAAGAACAAAGAAGAAGAUGGUUAAGGACAGGAAAAUCGGAGUGGCCAUUGACUUCUCGGAGAGCAGCAAGAACGCUCUUAAAUGGGCUAUUGACAAUUUGGCCGACAAAGGAGACACUCUUUAUGUUAUUUACGUCAGCCCCAACUCUCUCGAUGAAUCUCGUAACAAACUCUGGGCCAAAUCUGGUGCACCUCUUAUUCCUCUGGCUGAGUUUAGACAGCCUGAGAUUUUGAAGAAGUACGAUGUUAAGACUGAUAUUCAAGUUCUUGAUUUGCUUGACACUGGUUCUAGGACAAAAGAGGUGACAAUUGUUGCAAAGAUUUACUGGGGAGAUGCAAGAGAGAAGAUCCUUUAUGCUAUUGAAGAUCUGAAGUUGGACUCUUUGGUCAUGGGAAGCAGAGGACUCGGGACCAUCCAAAGGUUAAUAAUGGGAAGUGUGAGCAACCACGUGAUUUCACUUGCUGAAUGCCCUGUGACCAUCGUCAAGGAUUCAAGCUUCAAACACCACUAAGAAGAACUAUUCUCAGUAUCUCUGUGGGGGCAUUUGCCCGAUUCCAUGAUCAUAGUAUUUUUUAUUAUUUGGACGUUUAUUCCAUUUAUGCCCUUCUUGAUCUUGCUUUUUUGCACACAAUGGGUUGGAUAGGAAGUGUUUUUUUUUUGAAGAAUAAUGGUCAUGUUCUCUUUCACAUAAAAGAGAAGAGUAA